AAUGUGAGGAGAGGUACUACUAAUAUGAGUGUGAGUCUCAGACAUGGGCAAUUGUUACUCGCAAGACAACGAAAGCGACAAGCCGAAGAAGCGACUGUCGGUCCAUCAGACCCACAGACAGAGUCACCUCGACUUGGAUUUGAUGAUGGCGAACGAAAACGACGGUGGUGCGAUGUCGCAAAGAAAGUACGACGAUGUGGAAGUGGCCAAGUUGAAGAAGGAGCUGCUGGAGACGCCGCAGAUUUUCGUGUUGAAUAACUUGUUGAUGUCGCUGAUGUUUUUCGAGAACUUUGAGAGAGAAAAAAUCAGACUGAUGCACUCCAGCAGGACCACCCUCGAGCGCGAGCUCAACCCCAGCCUCCUGCGCGACGAAACCAUCGAGUGCGUCAUCCCCGACGUCAUCUUCGAAAACAUCAACAAAAACGUGAAAUUCCGCCGCCUCCACGGCCCUAACAAAAACAAAGUCGAGCCUCUCGUCCCCAGACGCAUGUUCGUGGUCAACGACAACAUCGAAGUCUUAGAAUCCAAGCACACCCCCCAGUACAGCGCCAUCGACAAACCCAGCUAUCAAGUGGUGAUGGAAAACUUGGAGCACCACCAAGGUUUCGUCACGCUGAAAUGCGCACCGAGCCAGCCCAGACAGAUCGGCCACCUGGAGCAGACCCAGGAGUUCGAACCCGUGGCCGGGCCGUCCAGCAAACCCGACGACUCCGACAUCUACGAGUAUAGCACGUUCGCGAGCGUGAACACGCCGAAGCCGCUGGAUAUAACCAAUUGCGAAAGACGGGAUACCUUGCCGAGGACGUGCUUCACGGUACGAAAGUUGAAGAAGUACGACGAGCGGGCGGGGGAUUCGGAGGAUGAGGAGGACGACGGCGACGAGGAGUUGACUCAGCCGCCGGUGAAAGAGGAGUUGUUUGAAACCGUGACUUACAUAUCGUCGAAUGGGUUCAUGACGCAUUUCCAGAACGCCGUGUUCCCGAAUUCGUUAGGGCAAGCGUUAGGGUUCGAUAUUACCGAGAUUAAUUUAGGGAAAGCGAUUCCGGGGAAGAUUUUCUGCAACCUGCAGGACGUAGACGAGGAUCUUAGUUUGCUGCCUUGUGAGAUUAUUCCGUCGAUUGCGAUCCAGUGGCCGAUUGAAUUGACGUUUGAGUUUCAUGAUAGAGCGGAAAGACCCACGAUGUGGGAUAAGUUCGGGGAGGAGUAUAGGUGGCCUAAGGUUAACAUGAUCAAUGACAUUCGGGGCUUGAACUGUGCCUUGAUCCCCAGAGGGUACAUACCGAAGAGGGGCGACAACCAAGACGCGGAGAUUGAAUGGGAGGUCGCUUUUCCUAAAGCCCAGAGGUAUUUAGACACCCAUAUGUCCCACACCCAAAUCAGAGCAUUCGCCUUCCUGUUGACGCUCUAUAAGUCAUAUAUAGAGCCCGUUAAUCGAAAAUACGACGGUUUGCUUGUUGACCAUAUUCGUACUCAUUUGUAUUGGGAGUGCGAAUCUAACCCUCGAGACUGGCCUGAACAUCGCCUCGGUAGCAAACUCGUCAUGGUCAUUAAAAACUUCAUGGAACGAUUAUCCAAAAGUCACCUCCCCGACUUCUUCAUCAAACGCAAGAACUUAUUCCUUAACGUUCCGAACAAGCAUCUAACUCACGCCCAGAAGGUCUUCCACGACAUUCUAGAGUCCCCGGCUAUUUAUUUCAUCGGUGCUUUGCGAAACCUGAGGUACACCAGUCCCAAAUUCUACCCACAGAUUGAUUUUAAAGAACUUUACGCGAUACUCACAGCGGCCUCUACACAAUUGAUUAACCCUAGAAUUUUGGAUAUGCGUCCACCGAACAUGAUCCCGAAGAACAGACGACCAAAAGUCGACGGCGACACCAACUACAAGAAAGAAAUCCGGUGGAAGAUCAAACAGGAGAAGAUCAACCGAGAGAAAGUGCUUCAGAAACAAAAGGAAGAGAACAUGCGUGACGAGAAUCUCAAAGUUGAAAAGCGAGGGUCUGUGGAUUCGGUCGACUACGAGUGGCAAUGCGAAGGCAAAUUCGACAUGUUCAAAACGCGCGCCCUUCUCAUGUUUUUCAUUAAACACUUCAUCGAGAUGGCGCGGAAGAGUCGAAGACUGGCGACCCAACGACAAGCCUUGUUCUACCUGAAGCAAGCUACGUACCUAUCGACAAUUCUAGAAGAUUCCGGUUUGGAAGCCGACGCUAGAGAACUCCAGGAGGUGAUAAGGCGCGAAGAGGACACUUCGAAGAAGUUAUCGGUUAGCGAGUCGUUUGAACACCCGCCGUCCACACCCAAGCGCAACUCCUUGCAGUUCACUAACUGGGAACUCACCCAGCAGGUGAAGGGGAACAACAUCAACUUGAACAACUUGAACAAGUCGUACAACAACACGGCGGUACCUAAUAAUUUCACGAAGCUCAAGAAGCACCCGAGUAAUUUGAAGAGGUCGAGCGUCUUGAGGAACAAUUACCCGAAUGAGGAUCGCCGGAAAUCGGGGGAAAUCAGAAGAAGCGUUGUAGGGUUUUCUGAUGCCAUCGAAAUACGAUAGCGUGGAGAAGAAUCUUGUCAAUUUACCGUCGAUGGAAUUGACAGUAGGGUAGUUGGAAGGUUCUUUACGUGUUAUCAUUACUUUCUAGUCUUUAGUGUUAAGUCUUACCUUCACUCCGUGUUCGUUGUAAAAAUCGGCAGUACCGAGACUUGCGUAUAGCUUGUAACCCAUUUUUUGUAGAACGCGCAUGCUCGGUAGUAGUUCCAUUUUGUGCUGUAAAUAUACGCGUCAUUGUUA